AUGGCUGGCAGGCCUGUGCCCUCCGGACACGAGGAGGAGGAGACUGCCAAAGACCAUGGGCUGAAACAAUCACCAGCGCGGCCUCCAGGCCGUCUGCCCAGCAUCGAUGAGACCUGACCAGACGGCACGGGCCCGGCCUCCCGCCGUGGCUCCGUGCUAGGUCUGGCCUCGUCCUUUUCGCGCCGCAACUCGCUGGCCGGGCCAGGCACAGGUCUAGGGGGUCGGCGCCCAUCCCUGGGCCCCUUGCCCCCUCUAGGCUCGCGGGUCAGCUCCUCUGGCUUACCCCUGGUGGCCGCCCGCUGGGCAGCGCCCUCGUACCGCACGGAGUCGGCGCCACGGGAGCGCUGUGAGGCUGCGUGCGCACAGCGGGCCCUGGAAGCGGCGUUGGAGGCAGGAUUGCGCGACGCGUGCUACUCCCACGCCGAGGCCGGGCAGCGGGCGCCGGAGCUGUGUGAGCUGGUGCGCCUGCGCGCGCUCAGCCCGACGCGCUACAAGCUGGUGUGCAGCGUGGUGCUGGGGCCACGCACCGGCCAGGGCGUGCGCGUGGUCAGCCGCGCGCUCUGGGACUGGGCGCGCGACAGGCCGGCCACGGCCGCGGCCACCAAUGCCUCCUUCUUCGCCGUGGCCACGGUCCACAGGCUCUACUGCGAGUGA